AUGACUCACAAUGAUCAGCCGCCGGUCAUUACUGCUGAUCCAGCAGAGUCUUAUGAGGUGGAGCCAGUUCCAAUUUGGUGGCUUACUCAACAGAGUACUUGGGAGCAGCGGAUGCAACUACUGGAGGCUACAACAACUGACACGAAGAACAUGCUUCAGCAACUAUUGGGGUUGAUGCAGAAGGCUGGGGCUGAAUCUGGGCAAUCUACUCCUGCAGAACGACCACAAGCACCAACAAUUCAGAUAAAGGAUGCAACUAAAGUGCCAUUACAAGUUACAGUCCUUGAUGAUAAGGAGAAAUACUCAUUUCAACCAGAACAACAGGGAAUCCUAGCAUCCAAGCCUACCUUGCCACAGGAUGUUUUUAAGAUGAAAACAACAGUAAAUACAACGGAGUCAGGGGAACAAUCUGUCAGUAAGGGUCAUCCAUUUAUGGAAAAAUAUUCCAGCAAUAACAACACUGGUAUGUUUCUUCCGAAACCAAAAAUAGAGCUCCAGUUCUUUGAUGGUACUAAUCCUAGGAGUUGGAUUAGGAAAUGUGAGAAAUAUUUUUCUAUAUUUGUUGUUCCUGAAUUACAGAAGUUAGAAAUAGCUGCCAUGUACUUUACUGGUAAGGCUGAAGUGUGGUUUGAUGGGUAUAUUAUGAAGAAAAGUCGAGUUACUUGGCAUGAGUUUGUUUCUGAUAUGUGUCAUCGAUUUGCUGAUAAAGGAUAUAUUGAUGUUAUUGAUGAAUUUAAUAAAUUGACUCAACUGUCCUCUGUGGAGGAGUAUGAAGCUCAGUUUGAGGAACUUCAACCUUACCUUCUUCAGAUUAAUCCUGAACUAGGAGAUGAGUAUUUUGUUUCCAGUUUUUUGAGUGGUCUUAAGGAGGAAUUGAAGCAUAAGGUGAAGGUUUUGGAACCCAAGACUGUAGCUGAAGCUGCUAGGAAAGCAAAACUCUAUGAGCUAGCAGCAGAAGUGGAAAGUAAAAAAUUCAGAAGUAUUUCCAGACCAAUGCUGCCAGGGAAUUUUACCAGUUCCAGGAAUUCUAAUCCUUCAGUAAGUUCACCUUUGAAAAACAGUUCAGGGCUCACUCCAAACAGACAGCAGCUACUGGAUUAUAGAAGGGCCAAUAAUUUAUGCUAUAAAUGUGGUGACAAGUUUACUCCAGGACAUCAUUGCAAAUUGAAGCAAUUGAAUUCUAUGGAAGAAGUGGAGGAGCAAGAGGAGGCUGAAGAAUUACAAGCAGCUCAAAAUAAUAUUAAUAAAAUACCAUCAGAAGAAAAAGAUCCUGAGAUUUCUAUGAAUGCAAUUACUGGCAGUUCAGGAAGUAGUACCUUGAGGAUUCAAGGAUUCAUAAAAGGGAAACCACUCAGUAUAUUAAUUGAUAGUGGCAGCACCCACAGUCUUGUCACUAAUAGGUGGGCUAAAGAAGGGCAGGAAUUGGAGGAAACUAAUCCCUUAGUUAUCACAGUAGCUAAUGGUGAUAAACUUUAUAGUACAUCAAAGAGUAAACAACUGAGUUGGGAGAUGCAAGAUUUUCUUUUUGCAUAUGAUUUUAGGGUUUUACCUCUUGGAGGCAGUGAUAUGGUGUUAGGAGUUGAUUGGAUGAAGAAAUAUAGUCCAGUAUUAAUGGAUUUUAACAAUAUGACUCUUAGUUUUAAAAUGGGUGACCAAGAGAUUGUAUUGAGGGGAGGAUUGCACACUACUGCAAUGAGGAUAAUUUCAAGCAACAAAAUGCAGAAAUUGAUGAUUAAGAAUCCUGAAGCAGUUGGGGAGAUCUAUAUGCUGAAUGCAGAGAUUGGUUAUAAUGAAAUUCCUCCUACAAUUCAAGCAGUAAUUGCUGAUUACAGAGAUGUAUUUGAGGAGCCUACUGGAAUGCCUCCAAUAAGGAAGCAUGAUCAUUCUAUUAUUCUAAAAUCAGGAAUUGAAGCAGUUAAUGUCAAACCUUAUAGAAUGCCUUAUCAUCAAAAAUCAGAGGUUGAGAAACAGGUGGCUGAAAUGUUGGCAGCAUCAAUUAUUCAAACUAGCAAAAGUCCAUUUGCUUCACCUUGCUUGUUAGUUAAAAAGAAGGAUGGUAGUUGGAGAAUGUGCAUUGAUUAUAGACAGUUAAAUGCUUUAACUGUUAAGAAUAAAUUUCCUAUACCUGUGGUGGAUGAUCUUUUGGAUGAAUUAGUUGGAGCUAAAUUUUUUUCUAAAUUGGAUUUACGAUCUGGAUACUGGCAGAUUCGGAUCAGGCCUGAAGACAUUCCAAAAACAGCCUUCAGGACACACCAUGGUCAUUUUGAAUUCAAGUUGAGAAUUGUGUUGGAAAUUCUAAGGCAGAAUAAGCUUUUUGCUAAGAGAACUAAAUGUUUCUUUGGCCAAUCAGAGGUGGAGUACCUUGGUUAUACUAUUUCUCCACAGGGAGUAGCUACAGAUUCUUCAAAAAUUCAAGCUAUUAAGGAAUGGUCCAUUCCAAGGAAUUUGAAAUCUUUGAGGGGUUUUUUGGGCCUUACUGGCUAUUACAGAAAAUUUAUUAGGAGUUAUGGAGAAAUCAAAACUGAUGCCAGUUCUAAGGGUAUAGGAGCAGUCUUGUCCCAAGAAGGCAGACCAAUUGCUUACCUCAGUAAGGCUUUGGGACCAAAGCAAAUUGAUUUGUCUAUCUAUGAGAAGGAGUAUAUAGCAAUAUUAAUGGCUAUUUCUAAAUGGAGACAUUAUCUUGAAGGGAGUCUAUUUGUUAUUAAAACAGAUCAUGAAUCUUUGAAACAUUUACAGUUUGAAGACAAAUCAGAAUUAAAUCAGUUAUCUGCUACAAUUGUUAUUCCUGCUUGGGUUCAAGAGGUGGAAAACAGUUAUGAGCAGGAUUCUUUGGCAAAGGAUUUCAUUCCUAAGUUGCUGCUUGAUAAUAAUUCUAUAGCAGACUGGUCCUAUGCUAAGGGUGUUCUGAGAUACAAAGGUAAAGUUUAUGUUGGUGAGACAGGUGGUCUAAGACAGCAGAUUCUUUCUAUACUUCAUGAUUCACCACAAGGUGGCCAUUCUGGGAUACAUGCUACUUAUUACAGGCUGAAGUUGUAUUUUUAUUGA